AUGUCGAAGCGCUCCGUCGUCUCUGGCCCAGUCAAGGAUCCGACAGGCAACUAUCCUAAGCUCCUUCGCCUCCUUGACCAGUACUUCCUCAAAGAAGCAGUCCCGGAUCGUUCUGCCGUAGCGGCGCUCGAUACCCUUGUCCGCAUAAAUGGCGCCGUUCUAGAGCGCCCAGAGAGUGUCAAUCUCCGCUCUAUCCGUACAAGCGAGCGCGAGAUUCGCACACUCAUAGAGUAUGGCGGGACAGACAUCCUCACACAGAUUGGCUGGCAAUUUCGCGUGUCACGCAUGGAAGAGACGUGGCAACUACCCUAUGAUGCAGACUUGAGUGUGCUUGGGGAACACCAAGCAAAACUGGUUGAAGCACAGCGCACACUGCAACGUCGGUUUGCAGCAACCAGGCAGGAUGCAGCGCAGGCGGUCGCGCGCGAGAAGGAAGCCAAGUUGGCAAUUGUACGGCAAAUUGAACAAGAUGCACUGGAUAAGAAGCUGCAGCAGGCAAUGCGCAAGGGAGAGCAAGUGCCUGUGAAGCAGAGCUUGGAUGAAGCUAGAAAACAGGCCGUUAAGGAGCGUCUUGCACGCCAGCAAAAGAAGCAGCAAGAAGAAGCUGCAGCGGGGAGAGGGGCGAGCAGCCAGGCUUCAUCAGAGCAAUUACCUGGUUCAUUCCCUCAGGAUGAUCAGAUGCGAGAGACAGUCUCUGGCCCUCAAUCUGGCCUAGGCUAUGAUCAUCCGGACGACGACCCUGAUGAGGACGACUAUGACGAAGACGACUCAGAUCAAGACAUGCCAGCCCAAGGUCGACGUGUGUCGCGCACAGGACUACGCUCUGCAGGCGGAGCUGGUCCUCCGCAGCGACCGCGUCGUACACAGCCGAGUCCCAUUGAUGUCAGGAAGAAGGAGCCGCCCAAGGAGCGAUACCAGGCAGGUACGCAUACCCUCGGCGGGCCUUCUGCCUAG